AUGGGCGAGAACAUUGAGGAAAAGAAGUGUCCCUUCUCGCGGACCAUGAACACCGGCGGCGGUGGCAUGCAAGUCCGCGACUGGUGGCCUGACAGCCUCAAGCUCAACAUCCUCCGCCAACACACCUCGGUGACCAAUCCCAUGGACGAGGACUUUGACUACGUCAAGGCCUUCAACAGCAUCGACUAUCAGGCGCUCAAGGAGGACAUCCGCAAGGUCUGCAGGACCUCGCAGUCAUGGUGGCCAGCCGACCACGGCCACUACGGUGGUUUCUUCGUUCGAAUGGCUUGGCAUGCGGCUGGCACUUACCGUGUCUUCGAUGGACGCGGUGGUGGUGGCCAGGGUCAGCAACGAUUCGCUCCUCUCAACUCAUGGCCCGACAACACUUCCCUCGACAAGGCCCGCCGCCUUCUCUGGCCCGUGAAGCAGAAGUACGGGAACAAGAUCUCAUGGGCCGAUCUCAUCCUCCUGACGGGCAACGUCGCCCAGGAGGACAUGGGUUUCAAGACUUUUGGCUUCGCGGCCGGUCGUGCCGAUACCUGGGAGGCCGACGAGAGCACCUACUGGGGCGCUGAGAACACUUGGCUCGGCAACGAUGUUCGUUACAAGGACGGACAGAAGGGCCUUGCUGCCCAUGGUGUCAUUUCUGGCGACGAGGGCCCUGACAGCAAGAACCGCCCCCAGCAUGGUCGCCAGCUUGAGGCGCCACUCGGUGCUUCUCACCAUGGUCUAAUUUACGUGAAUCCGGAGGGACCCGACGGCAACCCUGAUCCUGUUGCUGCUGCUCACGAUAUUCGUGACACAUUUGGCAGGAUGGCCAUGAACGACUAUGAGACCGUGGCUCUCAUUGCUGGUGGCCAUAGCUUUGGCAAGACCCACGGUGCCGGUCCCUCGGACAAUGUGGGCGCUGAGCCUGAAGGUGCUCCCAUCGAACAGCAAGGUCUGGGCUGGAACAACUCUUACAAGAGCGGUAAGGGCCCGGACACAAUUACCAGUGGUCUCGAGGUCAUCUGGACCAAGACGCCCAACAAGUGGUCUCACAACUACCUCGAGUACUUGUUCAAGUACGACUGGGAGCUCACCAAGUCCCCCGCUGGUGCUUCUCAGUUCGUUGCCAAAACCGACGACCUCAUCAUCCCCGAUGCGUUCGACCCCAACAAGAAGCACAAACCUACCAUGUUGACGACCGACUUGUCCCUGCGCUUCGACCCCGAGUACGAGAAGAUCUCGCGUCACUUCCUGGAGAACCCCGAGGAGUUUGCCGACGCCUACGCCAAGGCGUGGUUCAAGCUUCUCCACCGUGACUUGGGUCCUCGCGAUCGCUAUAUCGGCCCCGAGGUACCCAAGGAGGUAUUCGACUGGCAGGACCCCAUUCCCAAGCCCGACUAUCCCAUUGUCGACGCCAGCGACAUUGCCAACCUCAAGCGCGAGAUCCUCAACACUGGCAUCGCUCCUCACAAGCUGAUCUCUGCCGCUUUUGCCUCUGCCUCGACCUUCCGUGGCAGCGACAAGCGCGGUGGUGCCAAUGGUGCCCGCAUCCGCCUGGCCCCCAUGAAGGACUGGAAGGUCAACAACCCUCCUCAGCUAGCCGAGGUCCUCCAGACCCUCGAGGGCGUGCAGCAGAAGUUUGGCAAGAAGGUGUCCAUGGCUGACCUCAUCGUCAUUGGUGGCAGCGCCGCCGUUGAGAAGGCUGCCAAGGAGGGCGGUCUCGAUGUCGAGGUUCCCGUCACUCCCGGUCGCGGCGACGCGACCCAGGAGCAGACCGACGCCAAGUCCAUUGCCCACCUCGAGCCCUUCGCGGACGGCUUCCGCAGCUACGGCCAGUCUACCGAUCGCGUCAAGACCGAGCACAUGCUCGUCGACCGCGCCCAGCUCCUCACCCUGUCUGCACCCGAGAUGACCGUUCUCCUGGGUGGUCUCCGUGUCCUGGGUGCCAACUACGAUGGUUCUUCGCACGGUGUCUUCACCAAGCGUCCCGGUGUCCUGACCAACGAUUUCUUCGUCAACCUCCUCGACAUGAGCACCGAGUGGAAGGCCAACCCUGGUGGCGAAACCUUUGAGGGUGUCGACCGCGAGUCCGGCAGCAAGAAGUGGACCGCUAGCCGCACCGACCUCAUCUUUGGCUCGCACGCCGAACUCCGCGCCUACUCCGAGGUCUACGCUUGCGCAGAUGGUGCCGGCAAGUUUGUCAAGGACUUUGUCAAGGUGUGGGACAAGAUCAUGAACCUCGAUCGUUUCGACCAGGCAAGAUUGUAA